CAAACUUCUUCCCCACCCCCACAGUCGACCCCGCACCAUGGCUAUUCCCCUCGUCAAACUCAACAGCGGAUACGAUAUCCCUAUCCUCGGUCUCGGCACCUGGCAAUCGAAGCCCGAGGAAGUGUCCUCGGCGGUCGAGUACGCGCUCAAGGAGACCAAACUGCGUCACAUCGACUGUGCCUUCGGGUACGGCAACGAGAAAGACGUCGGUGCUGGCGUGAAGGCCUCUGGUGUCCCUCGAUCGGAGAUCUUCAUCACCAGCAAGGUGUGGAGCACCUGGCACUCUCGCGUCGAGGAGUGCCUGGACCAGACCCUGGCCAACUUGGGCACUGAUUACCUCGAUCUGUACCUCAUCCACUGGCCUGUCCCGUUGAACCCGAACGGCAACCACCCGAUGAUCCCUACCCUCCCGGAUGGCAAGCGUGACGUCGUCCACUCCUGGGACCUCAAGGACACCUGGAAGCAGAUGGAAGCCUUGAUGAACCUCGAGAAGAUCCUGCCGACCGCGGAGAUCGUGCCCGCCGUGGACCAGCUCGAGCUGCACGUGUACAACCCCCAGCACAAGCUCCUCGCGUAUCUGCGCGCCAAGGGCAUCCACCCGCAGGCCUACUCGCCCCUCGGCUCGACCGGCUCGCCGCUGUUCAGCGACGAGGUCGUGACCGAGAUCGCCGGCGCGCAUGGGCUGCAGGCGGCGGAUGUGCUGAUUGGAUAUCUCCUCGCAAAAGAUAUCAUCACGCUCCCCAAGUCGGUCACCCCAUCGCGCAUCGCUGCAAAUGCGGCUGGCCCGAUUGCGGCUCUGGGUAAGCUCUCCAAGGAGGAAAUCGAGCGUCUGGAUGGGCUGGCUGCCGCCGGGAAGCAGAAGCGGUUCAUCAUGCCGCCUUGGCCGGUCGAACUGGGCUUUGAGAACUGGGGCUGAAACUUUGGCGUCAUAUGCGGGCGUUGGUGCAUUUUAGUGCAGAAUAUAAAUGACAAAUGACAAAUGAAAUGAAUAUGCUGUAUCUGUAUCAAUCGUGGCGAAGUCCAGAUUUGUGGAC